AUGGCGAACCAGACGCUUCCUCGAAAGAGAUACCUGAGAACCCGGGCUACUGCACAGCCCAAAACACAAUCCCAACAAACCAGCACAAAGUCGACUCCUGGAUCAUGGAUCAAAUCCAAGAUACUGCCAUGGUUUGCCCCGUGGUUUCAACCUCAUCGAUGCUACGACCCAGAAGAGUCGUUUAUCCCAUUUCCCAAGGUUACGUUCCUGAUAGAUAAGCCAAUCAGACUCGAGUGCCAGAUAUGUCAUCAAGCGAACUGUCAGAUCAGGUCCGAUUCAGAGCCGCUUGACGAGUCUGAUUUCAGCUUAAUGCCGUGUGGACAUGCUGCUUGCUCAGGUUGCCUGGAAAAGUGGUUCAAAACUCAGGACACCUGCCCCUUCUGCCGAACUAAACUUGCUUACCCUGGGUGUGGACACGCAAUUCCAGCCAGGUCCUUGACCAAAGAAGGACUUCAUUUGCUACCGAGGACAUUGCCAGACCAGGGCUGGAUCCCGAGUUUCUGCGCACAGUGUCUCAAAGUGACAUUGAUGACACAAGCAGAAGAGAAGUUUCAACAAGUUGCACAAGAGUUCCGAGCGGCAAGACAGCGCUUCUCUCAAACUCAAGCGACGGCUGAUGAGCUCAUCAUGUUUUCAAAGAGGGAUGAGUUUGAGACGUUGUUUCGAGACGAAGUCUACUUGAAGCAGCUCAACACGUGGUUGACAAGCUGGUAA